AUGCAGCCUGCCGUCUUCAAGGUUACUGUUUUCCUGCCUUGGUGCCUGGCCUUCCCAGUGCCCCCUGCUAUAGACCUUAAAGGACUGGACUUUAUUAAGGACUAUUCCCAUCAGAUUUUCCGGACCAAGAAAGAGUCACCACUCUUCACCCAGGGGGAAGACAUACAGCACCUGCCGCCCUUCCAUCUGAAUGAGACAGACCUACAGGAUGAGCAGAUGCUGGCUGUGCCACACCAGCCCCACUGUGGAGUAACUGAUGGGGCUAAUGACUCCACUUUCCCAGGAAGUUCUAAAUGGGAUAAGCACACUUUGACCUACAGGAUUAUCAAUUACCCAAGAGAUAUAAACCCAUCCAUAGUGAAAGGCAUUAUGCAAGACGCAGUUUCCAUCUGGAGCAAUGUGACCCUCUUGAUUUUCCAGCAAGUGAAAAAUCAAGAUGCGGACAUCAAGAUUUCUUUCUGGGACUUAGCCCAUGGAGAUUGUUGGCCCUUUGAUGGACCAGGUGGUGUCUUAGGUCAUGCUUUUUUACCAAAUUCUGGACCUUCAGGAGUUAUCCACUUUGACAGAGCAGAACAUUGGUCAACUUCAUACAGAGGGUUUAAUCUGUUCCUUGUUGCCAUUCAUGAACUAGGCCAUUCUCUGGGCCUGCUGCACUCCAAGAGUCUGAACUCCAUAAUGUACCCCAGAUAUGUGAAUCGGGACCCUAGAACCUUCCAUCUUGAUGGUGAUGAUAUCAAAAGAAUCCAGCAACUGUAUGGAGAAAGAUGUUCAUCUGAAAUGCCCCAAUGA